UGCCAAUCGGUAAUCAACAUGCAUGAAGCACAAGGAAUAUCAAAACCUUUUUCAUUUGUUUUUGGUCAUAGCAGCUCGUGUCCGAUUCGUUUAAAGCCAAAUAUAUAUAAAAUAUAUAUAGCAAAAUGCCAGAAUUGACGGAAAUUACAAACGAAACUCCCGCCAAGGUUGAAGAAACUGAAGCACGCAUCGAAGAUGAUGACGAUGAUGACUCAGACACCACUAUUCCUGAAUUGGAAGAUACAGGAAACACUACCGCCAACCUCGGUAAAGAAGAAAUCGAUUUAGUGUCAAAAGCAAAACAAUCACGUGGUGAAAAGAAGGCUCGCAAGAUUAUGUCGAAAUUGGGAUUGAAGCCCGUGUCUGGCGUUAAUCGAGUCACCAUUCGUAAAUCAAAAAAUAUCCUCUUCGUCAUCAAUAGCCCGGAUGUGUACAAAAACCCGCAUAGCGAUACAUACAUUGUGUUCGGUGAAGCUAAAAUCGAAGAUUUAUCGCAACAAGCUCAAUUGGCUGCUGCCGAGAAAUUCAAGGGACCCGAACCAACCGUUGGCGCCGAUUCGUCCGGUACAAAUGCAACUGUUGCACCAAUUGCCGAAGAAGACGAAGAAGAAGUCGAUGAGACCGGCGUUGAUGAAAAGGAUAUUGAAUUGGUUAUGUCACAGGCAAAUGUUGCCCGAGCAAGAGCUAUUCGCGCCCUCAAGAAUAACAGCAACGAUAUUGUAAAUGCGAUUAUGGAACUUACAAUGUAAUUUAAUUAAGCAUGAACAACAUACAAAACUAAAAACAUGAAAAAUAUACACACACAAAGAAUCACAGAAGAAAAAUGAAAUCGUUGAUUGCUAAAAGAAAACACAUUUUUUCUCGUUUGUUUUACUACGUGCGUUCAUUUUGAUUCAACAUUGAUACAAUGUGACACAUUAGAAAUUCAACCAAGGAAAUCGAUGAAAAAAUAACAAAAAAAAUAAAACUAAAGCAUUAAAACCAAAAUCUCAUUUCAAUAUACUUUUUUUUUUUUUGUUCGUUGUCUGUAUUCAUUUUUUGCGACUAAAACAUAAACAAUACCGUAUUUCUUCUUGAUUUUGAGGAUAAUUUUUCGUUUUUCUUUUCGGAACAUAAAGGAUAUGUUGUAUUAUUGCGGCUUUUGAUACAAUUAGACCAUUCAGAGCGACAUUAUAUAGACAAACAAAAACUAAUAUUCAUAACUAAAUAAAGGGCAUUUCAUUUCAAUACCACA